AUGGAUAACUACCAGAAGCUGGAGAAGAUUGGUGAAGGUACCUACGGUGUCGUCUACAAGGCCCGAGACCUUGCCAACCAUGGAAAGAUUGUCGCUCUGAAGAAGAUUCGCCUCGAGGCUGAGGACGAGGGUGUACCUAGCACGGCCAUUCGAGAGAUCUCUCUUCUAAAGGAGAUGCGCGACCCCAACAUUGUUCGCCUGCUUAACAUUGUCCACGCCGACGGACACAAGCUGUACCUCGUCUUCGAAUUCCUCGACCUCGACCUAAAGAAGUACAUGGAGGCACUGCCCGUGGCCGACGGUGGCCGAGGCAAGGCCUUGCCCGAGGGCUCGGGCGAAUCAUUGGGCCGCCUGGGCUUGGGAGAUGCUAUGGUCAAGAAGUUCAUGUGGCAACUCUGCUCCGGUAUCCGAUACUGCCACAGCCACCGUGUUCUACAUCGUGACCUGAAGCCCCAGAACCUGCUGAUCAACCGCGAGGGUAACCUCAAGCUCGCUGAUUUCGGUCUUGCCCGCGCCUUUGGUGUUCCUCUGCGCACAUACACCCACGAGGUCGUCACUUUGUGGUACCGUGCCCCUGAGAUCCUGCUCGGUGGUCGCCAGUACUCCACUGGUGUCGACAUGUGGUCUGUGGGAACCAUUUUCGCAGAGAUGUGCACCCGAAAGCCUCUAUUCCCCGGCGACUCCGAGAUUGACCAGAUCUUCAAGACUUUCCGCCUCUUGGGAACCCCAACUGAGGAAGUCUGGCCCGGCGUCACCUCUUACCCGGACUUCAAGUCCACAUUCCCCAAGUGGAACCGCGACUAUUCACAAACGCUGUGCUCGAAUUUGGACGAAGACGGCUUGGCCCUGCUUGAGCGCUGUCUCGAGUACGAUCCAGCCGGCCGUAUUUCCGCCAAGCAGGCCUGUAAUCACCCCUACUUCGAAGGCUCUAGGCACGCCUACCCCAACGGUUAUUGA